UGGGUGAGCAGGCAGCGCAGAGUGGUGCUGGUGGGUGCCAGAGGUGGGUGCUGUGUCCCUCCAGCUGGCACAUGCCAUGCGCCUGCUGCUGGAGUACAGCGAGUCCCCCUGCCAGGACAAGCGCUGCGUCUUCGGCCGGGUAAAGGGGGGCUGCAGGAGUCUGUGUCCCCCGAAUGUCUGCCCCUUCCCCCUCAACGUGCCCCCAGCUCUGCGGACUCUUGUGCCCUGGCUUCGUGCUCCCCGUGGGGCAGGGUGAAAGCUCAGCCUGGCCUCUUGCCAUCUUCUGCUCCUCAUGCCAGGACUGGGGGGGCACCUUUGAACCCCCCACCUCUUUGCCCCCAGCCUCACCCUGGACCUUGGUCGCUGCUCUAUGUCCUCCCUUAUCUGCUCUAGGAGGGUGCCUGAAGUGGGAAGGACACACGUGGGUGCUGCUGGAGUGGAGCAAGGGACACACCCCCACCCUGAAUUGCCGUGGGUAGGAGCAGGGGGGGACGGAGGAGAUCUGUGGGACCCCCACCCCCAUCUCUCUCUACUCCCUCUCAACACCUGACUUCGACCGUAGCGAAGGACCAAUGAGAAGGAUAAAGUGGCCUUGGGUUGCACUGCCGGGGGAGCUGCAGGAGCUGUCGUGGUUCCUGGGCUCCCGCAAGUGGUUUGUGGGGGACAAGAUCACUUAUGUGGACUUUGUGGCACUUGACCUGCUGGACCUGCAGCACCAAAUCCUUGCCCCGGAGUGUCCUGAGCUGCAGGGCAGAACCUGGGCCAGUUCCUGCAGCGCUUCGAGGCUCGUUCCCGGCCCCGCGCUGUCCCCACCGUCAUCACUGCCGACACAUUCAUGUCCCUAUCCCCGCGCCCAACACCUCCGUGUCCUUCUCGUGUCCCCAGCCCCACUCCUGACCUGCCGUGUCCCUGUGCCCAUGGCCCCGCAGGCCCUGGAGCAGAUCUCUGCCUACCUGCGCUCCGGACUCUUCCUCAGGUUUCCUAUUCUUGGGCCCACGGCGAAGUGGUGCAACACCAAGGCCUGGGCAGGGUGACCCCCCCGGGUACUGCCCACCCCCUUCUGGGGCACAAUAAACCUUUGCGGGGCUGC